CUGGGCCAUAAAGAUGAAAUCCCUAAAAUUAUGCUCAACUAAAUUUAAUAUAUCCACCACUCAUCCUUCUCCUCUCCUCAUUCUAUCGCACACAUCAAGCCUAAUUCUCGUCAUGCUUGCGUCAUCAUUGUUACAGGCGAGCUUCUGCCGGACUUUUACAUUUCUCUCCGACUGAAUUUUGUGUACCAAAAGAAUAAUGAGCUUCAGAGAAGUAAGAGGCAGACCUCGAAGGGAUUACCCUUCAAGAUCAGAAGAUAGAUCCUACCAUCGUCGAGAAAGUAAUCCGCCAUCAAGGCACCUCUGGGUUGGAAAUCUUCCUCAUAACUUAACUGAAAGUGAUGUAGCUCAUCUCUUUUUACACUUUGGAGAGCUUGAGAGCAUUGCAGUCCAACCAGGCCGGAGCUAUGCUUUUAUUAAUUAUAUAAGUAAAGAAGAUGCCUAUGAUGCAUUUAAAGAGCUUCAAGGUUUUGAUAUCGAAGGCAAUCCACUUAGGCUUGAGUAUGCCAAGGCGUUAUCCAAGUUAGGGCUACUGCACUGCAGAAGAUUCAAAAAUGCUCACAUGGAGACUCGAAUCAUUGCACAAUCAGUUCCAUCUCAUUCGUGCACAUCAGUUACUAUUUAAAGGUUUUCACUCUCCUCAGCUGGCAUUCCAAAAUGAGAAGGAACAAAAAGUAGACAAUUAUACUUAUGUAGUCUACUUGUUAAUGACUGAGAUUCUUAUCCUCACUUUGUUCCACUCAAUGCUUUCCAAUUAUUAGCAUGAGUUUUGCUCGCUCGCACAAUAUCUUACAUCAAGUGCAAUUACUCCAAGGUGCUGAACCAAUGCUUCCCUCUUUA